AUGCGUGAUUCCAACUAUAGAGCCGUUUCCAAUAAUAAGGCCGCACUCACAAUAACUUCAAGUCUAUAUGAUCGAAGAGCACUAGAUGUGACGUCAGAUAAACCCUUGGUAAACUCGUUGAAUUAUUUAACCUACCUCGUAAGCUCUUCAGCAAAAGUCCGAGAAACGUUAUCAACCGAUGGCGGUGUUGAAAGAUUGGUUGAGAUCUUACAUGAGUGUCACAACUGCAAUCACAACUUGGAUGACAAUGAUGAUAAGAAAUUGUUGACCGCUUGGAAAUGGACCUUGGCCUUCCAAUGCAUAGUGCUAGUUGGAACAAGAGGCACAGAAAAAAUUAGACAGAAAGUGGUGAAAGCUGGCAUUUUACCAAUUAUUGCAACUGUUUUGGACAAUUACCUAUCGUUGCACGAGAGAGCUUUUCUUCAUGUAAACACAAAUUCCAAACUCACAGACAAUAUAGCAACCACCACCACCACCACCAACACCACCAACACCACCAUGAGUCCAGUGGAAAAUAUUUUUCUGCAAAAUCACCAGCUGCAGCCACAAUCGGAGAGCUUUUUGUUUCGAAACUUUCUGCAAACAGAAGAGGAAGCUCACAUGCAAUCUGCUGCUAAUCCAUUACUAACAAACGUUGCAUAUCAAGGUGAAGUACAGGAAACUAUGGCUGCAAUUGCAGCAACCUCAUUGUCAAGUUUUGAUUUUGACAAUAUGAACCGCAUCCACUCAAAUGAUUUGAACACCACAGAUCUAACAAUUGAUGAUUAUGAAAGCUCAAGUGUGGAACAAUUGUUCAGAUUACUUAGAUUGGCAAAUUUAGAAGGAGACGAUCGAAUCCUGGACUCUCAGUCCCUGAGUAUUUUUAACACCUUGGUAAGCGAGGAUGUGAAAAGGGGCUUUGUGGUGUUGAACAUAUUGAACCGAUUGAGAGAAACCAAAGAAGCAGAAGCCCCGAAAGAUGGGUUUGUUAAUGACUGCGAGUACGAUAUGGACAGCAACUUGAAUUUUUUAUCAAAAUUGUACGCGCGGGAUUUGGAAAUCAAUGAUACAAUGUCCAAUACCAAAUUGGCUGUGAGAGCUUUUUCAGAAACUGGAGUUAUAAUACCGAAAGACGAUGAUAUUGUUUGGUCGUUACAACUUUUAGCAUACAUCUCUAAGUACCCCUACCUCAAGGAAAUAAUCCAAAAUACCCAUUUAGUAUUGGAUAUGAGCAUACGAGACAAGCUGUUCAAAAUUUACUUGGAAAAUCAAAUGAAACUCAAAAUGAAAGAAGCGUUGGCAAUUAAAUUAAGACCAACUAUAACACCAAAAACAAGAAAGCCGAAAGCAACUUAUCUUGAGAGGUUCAGUCCUAGUGCAUCAAAUUCUCCACAAAUGGUGAGCGCAUUGAAUGACGAUAAUUUGAUUCUAAGUAGGGACAAAUUUGUAUUAUGCGAGACUGGGCUUUCCGUCAGCUCAGAAGUGAAGGAGGAGCGGGAGCGGGAAAACGGAGAUGAAGAAGAGGAAGGGGACGAGGAGGGGGAUGAGGAUGAUGACGAUGAUGAUGUUGAUGAUAAUGAUAAUGAUAAUGACACAUCAGAGGAUGUUUAUGAUGUGUCCAAAAAGCGACAGCGACAGCGACAAAAGGAAGACGAAAAAGGUAACAACAACGAUAAAGGCAACUUUGGAGGCACCACAUCAGACUCCGAAGAGAGCCCAGCCGCGGGACUCAUGACUUGCCAUAACUAUAUGCGCGAGCUUCACGAUUUGAUAUCAGAGUGUGAAAAGAUGAGUGACGAGUUUGAAAGAGAAGUUAAAUUUUAUCAGCUUUUUGACAGAAUUAAUAGAUAUAUCGAAAUGGAAAGCAAAAAGCUUUCAACAGCGGUAAUUGAAACGAGGUUGAAAACUAAGGAUUAUCUUGAAAAAAAAUGGAAGUACGAGGAUUAUAAGUAUUUCAACAUUGAUGAGUUUGAUGAGGAUAAGGAUGAUUCCCUAAUUGAGUACAAAAAAGUUAAUUUAUUCCCCAUUGUUGAGAAGUUUACAUUUUUUUCUGGAUCAGACAUGUACUAUUGGUCGGGAGUCAUAAUGCGAAAUUCUUGUAGAAGAAACGAUUUAAAAGGCGGUGUUCGACAAUGUGGAAACUUGGAGUGCGGCAAAUGGGAAAAGUACCCUCGUGAAUUCCUGAAGUGUCGACGAUGUAAACGCACAAAGUACUGUUCAAGAGACUGCCAAAUGCGAGCUUGGCAUUGCCAUAGAAAUUGGUGCAUCCCUAGCACAUCGAGUAGUAGCAGUAUUAACAACAACAACACCACCACCACUACCACCACCACUACUACUACAAACUCUUCAAUUCAUACACAACAGGACUCAGGAGUCAUUGGUAACGAUAACAACAAUAGUAUUAAUAACAUUCACAAUAACAUUCACAAUAACAAUAACAAUAACAAUAACAAUAACAGUACUUUGGAGGACAACGCAAGUCAGAUUGGUAGUGAAGGGGUAGCUGAUGACGAACACGAAAGUCCGAUGGAACUUCAAUAA